UCAGGAACAAUUCCCUAGAGCUUUGACAUUUACAUUUUUUGUUUCUUCGCAGGCCACAUAUUCAUUGCCUUUGUUUGGUAAAAAAAAUAUUAUGACUACGGUAGCAGCACGUCCAACUCCGCUGACCACUCCGGUGGUACCUCCAGCAGUGGAAGAGGCCAAUGCGAACUUCAUUCCAGUGGUGAACACAGCAGGGAGCAAGAAGCUUGAGCUGCAAGUGCACCUGGUAGAGGAAACAGUGGUACUGCGCGACGGGCAGAGCAACGGGGCGGUAGUGCGUGGGCAUGUCUCGGUGCUCUGCCGGGCAGCGCAAAAGUCGCAGGCAAUAACGGUUGAGCUCGUGGGCACGAAGACGCUGAACAGCGACCAGCAGAUGGGCGGCUCGAGCGCCAACAAGACGAACCUGGUCCGGCUCACCAAGGUCCUGGAGACAAGCACGGCGGUAUCGGCGGCAAGCGGACAAGCGGCCGGCUCGACAUGCAGCGUAGGAACAUAUAAGCUGCCGUUUGAGUUUGCGAUUUCGGGCUCGCUGCCGCCGACCAUGCGUGUGCCGCGCAGCUCGGUCGAGUAUUAUGUCACGGCCACGGCCAACAAGCACGACGGGUAUUUGAAGCUUCUGCCGAGGCGUGCGGUGCGCGCGCAGCAGGAGGUGCGGGUGGUCAGGUACCAGGGGACGGAGGAUCCGAGUGCGUUUGUGCAGAGAAUGCGGGCGGUGAUUAAGGUGGGCACGUUGGGCGGGAUUAAGAACGGCAAGGGCGCGAUGCCGUACCGGGUGGUUCUGGAUCGCAAUGUGGCGGCACCAGGCGACCUUCUGGGGCUCUCGCUGGAGGUGUUCCCGCCGGGCCAGCUGCCGGAGCUCUCGCGCCAGCAGGUCGAUGCCUUGAUGGCGCUGGCCGGCGAAGCCAGCCAGCAGAGCGACGAUGAAUAUGCCUCUGACGCCGAGGAGGACGAGUCGCCGGCUACUGGCGACGCACAGUCAGUUGCACCUAGCAUCCCGUGGUCGAUGCCGCCCGGGUAUACACAAUUGGCGGAUACCUUGGUGGCGGGCAAGAGCACCGAUGUGACCUCGUACAAGGUGCGCGCCAAAUUGGUGCAGCGCGUCUGCUACCUGACCGACCACGACCUAGUAGCCGACACCGCCGAUGACGUGUACUUGUUCUGGACCAAGCGCGUGAUCUCCAAGGAGAAGAUCUCGGACCACCUGGAUCUGUCCAAGGUGUUGGCUGGUGAGCCGCUCAAGAUCGAGUGGACCAUGCCGUUGGCUGACUCGCUGCAGUGCGAUACGCUUACGAGCGAUAUCCAGGUCAGGCAUGAUAUUUACCUAGACUUUAGCCCGCGCGAGGGCCCGCGCAAUAUCCGCGGCAUGGUGGCCAGAGUCCACAACGACUGUAUUUCGUCGCGCCUGCCGCUGCACAUCAUCCCGGUGCCGGUCAGCACACUGCUGGCCAACCCACCGUCGUAUGACAACUGAACGAGACAGCAUGUUUUUUAUUCUUUUUGCAGAUCCAUAACUGCGGGGCAAUAGCCUGGCCGAGUAAAUGUUGAAUUCGAAAAAAAAAAAACGUGAUCCAGG